CGCCCCUGCCUUAUCUGGGACCGACAGGCACACAUAUCGAUCGGCAUUUAAUUCAUCUGUCUAUUCCCCAGUUUACUCGUCUUUCGCUUCCUGGAGUAUCCCUCUUGUUACUGCUCCUAACUUAGCAGCCGAAGCUUCUCUUUAGCCGUACCUCGUCGAAGCCUCCAAUGGCUAAUAGCGAAGAUGACAGCAACAAGCCCAAUUCUGGAAAUUUCAGGUACUUGAUUGUUAAUCCUCACAACGGUGGAUUCCGAGACCUAGCACGGUUCUUCAUGAAGAAAGAUAAAGCGAGCGGUGCAAAAUUUCUGGAAAGUUCUGAUGAAGGGGUUCUUGAGGAAGAGUUAGGUGGCGCUGCGCAUGGCGAUGAUGACGACGGAGAAACCCCUGAUCACAGAUGGGUUAUAUUUGUGUCUAUCUUAGUCAGAAAAAUCAUAGGCAUUUUCAGGAAACCCAUGGAAUGGACUGGUUAUCUCGUGGAGUUCUUCCUCAACUUUUUCACUGUCAAUGGCAGCUUUCUCGGUUUGCUAUACAACAUCCUGCACGGAAAGGUAGUGCUGCCAAAUAGAGGCUCUGAGACUUUCAUUAGUGCAAUUGGGCAUCUUGAUGGACGCAUAUAUCUGCACAAGAGCGAGACAAUUACUAGAGCAGUUGGUGAACCUGAAGUAGAAACAGGAAGCCGGACUCUUAUGGAUCUAUGCAUUAUGGCUUCCAAGUUAGCCUACGAGAAUGAGUUGGUUGUCAGGAAUGUUGUAAAUCUUCAUUGGAAGAUGCACUUCGUGGACUUCUAUAACUGCUGGAAUGAUUUCCAGAAGGAUAACUCCACUCAAGUUUUCAUUCUAUGUGAUAAACCAAAAGAUGCAAACUUGAUAUUAGUCAGCUUCCGGGGAACAGAGCCAUUUGAUGCUGAUGAUUGGAGUACUGAUUUUGACUAUUCCUGGUAUGAGAUCCCCAAACUUGGAAAGGUGCACAUGGGGUUCUUAGAGGCUUUAGGUUUGGGAAACGGAGUUAAUGCAUCUACAUUUCAAGAAAAUCUAGGAAUAAUGAACAAAAAAUCUACCAACAUGAACGGUAUUGAUGUGAGAACCUCUGCUUCUGAAUUAUCUUCGUCAUUUGGUGAUUCUGAUUCGCAAGGUGGAUCAGAGCAGUCCUUUUAUUCUGAGCAGCCCGCAAAGGUAAGCAAGGAGAAAUUCUUUCCUCAAAUGGGAGAGAAGACUGCUUACUAUGCUGUGAGAAGCAAGCUUAAGGACUUACUUCAAGAGCAUAAAAAUGCAAAAUUUGUUGUCACUGGGCAUAGCCUAGGAGGGGCCCUGGCUAUACUAUUCCCAGUUGUUCUAGUGCUGCAUAAGGAAGAGGAGGUCUUGCAAAGGUUGCUGUCUGUGUACACAUAUGGACAGCCCAGGGUGGGGAACAGGCAAUUGGGAAGGUUCAUGGAAGCACAUCUGGAUCAUCCAGUCCCCAAAUACUUCAGGGUGGUCUACUGUAAUGACCUUGUUCCAAGAUUGCCAUAUGAUAACAAAACCUUCCUGUACAAGCAUUUUGGAGCGUGCCUGUAUUACAACAGCCUCUACAUCGAACAAAAAGUAGAUGAGGAGCCAAACAGGAACUACUUUGGGAUCAGAUUUCUGAUUCCAGAGUAUUUGAACGCUAUGUGGGAGCUAACUAGAAGCUUUCUGGCGGGUUAUGCAUAUGGGCCAGAGUACAAGGAAGGUUGGGUAUCCACACUGGCCAGGGUUGUCGGACUUGUCAUCCCUGGCAUUUCCGCUCACAGCCCACUGGACUAUGUUAACUCUGUAAGACUCGGAAGGGAGAGAAUCCAGAUGUCGUCCUUAUAGAAGGCUGUUAUUCCAAUUAUUUGUCAAAGUUUUAAAUAAGUAAUAAUGCAGUCAUCAAGAAAAUGGAAACUUGACAAGUAAUCAAAUGCUUCCUUUGACUGUUUAUCAGUUGAGGAUAUGUCAGUUUUGUAUUGCCAUCGAGUUGUUGCUUGAUGUUGCGGUUUUUGACUUGUAUUCCAGAUCAUCUUUUGGUGUCUGAAUCGAGUUUUUCUUUUAUAGCCAUAAUUUCUCACUUUUGUUACCCUGCUUGCUUGUAAAAUUCAAAUAGCCCAACAUAUUGUAAUGCUACAAUUAAUUUGUGUGAAACAGGAUUUACGCACCGUGUGUUAUUUUGUCAAA